CAUGAUUUGUCAACUGGUUGCCACUAAGAUCCGGGGCUUAUAACGUCUCUCUUGAAAGUCAUGAAUGAUAACUCGUCUUCAGUCAAAUUUAAAUAACUGCAUACAACUCCCUUCUCAAUGCGCUUCUCUCCAUUGCUAUCAACACUCUUCUACACUUUCUCAAAUAUCACCCGCGUGAGACCUCCUCUGCCUUCAUACCUAGCCUUUCGACCUAUUCCCCUUCGAUCUAUGUCUGGUAUUCCUUUGCUGGGCGCUUUAUUUGGCACUUCAUCUAAGAACUCUUCGAAUAUGUCUUACCCUGAUCAACGUUCAAACGACGAGUGGCGAGCUGUCCUCAACAAGGAACAAUUCCGUAUCCUGCGUGAGAAGGGUACCGAGCCUCCAGGUUCUGGAAAGUUUGACAAACACUAUCCUGAGCAGGGUGUUUAUACCUGCGCUGGUUGUGAUGCACCACUUUAUAAGGCGAGCCACAAGUUCAGCUCUGGCUGUGGUUGGCCAGCCUACUUUGACAGCAUCCCUGGUGCCGUUGUCCGUCACGAAGAUCGCGCUUUCGGUAUGGCACGGACAGAGAUUGUAUGUGCCAACUGCGGCGGUCACCUAGGACAUGUGUUCAAGGGCGAGGGCUUUGACACGCCUACUGAUGAGCGUCACUGUGUGAACAGCGUCAGUCUAAGCUUUUCACCUGACGAUAAGACUGUCAAGGAUAAGCCUGAAAGCAAGGCUUGACUUAAAGGAGACGGCAUGAGGAGAGACGAAUGAUGAGAUUACGAGCGGGUUUGGUAUGAAUGAGGAGCAUACGGCGCAGAGUGUGAUGUGGCGUGGUACAUGACUGAAAUUGAAACAUGAAAGUAUUGAGCAACGAAGGGAUUCUACAGUGACUGGUCUUAGAGUUCUCCUUUAAGUGACUGCAUGAGGUUGGCCAUUACACAUCCCAACCCUCCUAAGAUUCAUCAAAUCGUUUUAAUCAAAUCUCUCGGGAAAGUAUAACCAUUCUC